UUUUAUCAUAUAUUGCAUGCUCACAAUGAGCUCUAAACGCGAAUGUUGACUGAUCAAUCAUAUAUUUAUCUUUAAUAUUCUUAUACGAGUGCAUUGACAUAGACAUCAAAAUGCAUAAUUCUAGAUAUGCUGGUUAUCACAUUAACACAAAUCGUGAUUAUAUUACAGAUGGUGAAGAGAGUCAUAGAGCUCCUUCAGAUCGCACCGUGUCUGAGUAUAUCGUUGCCAACGAACAUACUACCAUAGUAAAACCAAUAAAAAAAAAUCACGCAGACAAAUAUGAUAGAGAAGACAGAAGAUCCAGAAGCGCGCACAAUACUCGCGAUUCAGUAUUGUCUGGAUCUUCGAAACAUAGUUUACAUCAGCUUAGCAAAAGUGCCUCACACGGCAGCAUUUGUGACAAUGGUUCAGAUAUAUAUGUCACCAGUGCUGCAUAUAGAGCCACUUCCGACAUAAGUCGGAUAUCACGCCAUAGUUUAGCACCAAGCUCCAGAUUGGAUCACAGAGCGCCUAGUCACUACAGCUAUGGUUCCGGCAGAUCAGGCACUUCGACAGUGAAAACUCGUACAUCACGGAAAGGUGGUAUAGUUGUGGAAACUAUGUCGACACCCAAUCCUUUCUGCCCAAACACCAAAGGUGUUUGUUGCCUUAUGUUACUUCUUAAUCUCGGCUUGAUCCUGGUUACUCUGGGCUUUGUCAUUGUCAUACAAUUCUUCCAACCAUUAGUUGUUGGGAUCUUAGGAAUAGUAUUUCUGGUGUUUGGAUUAACACUGAUUGGCAGUCUUGUGUAUUGUGUACAUGUAUUCAAAAAUGCUAAACACCCACAUGAUAUCAAUCCUGAAGAUCUAUAUUGGACCCAUUACUGGCAAGGUCGUGUUGGUUCUACAGCACCAGAAGUUUAUUAUAAAGCAGAAGACAAAUAUCAGGAUGAUGGCUAUAGUGACCGAUAUAGCAAAUAUUCAGGAAAGUAUUAUGGCAGACAAAAUCAAAGAUAUUGAUUAUAAAAUAUAAAGAAUGCUAUUAACUGAAGUAAAAUUCACUCACUCUGCCUCUUUUUUAAUUCUAUAAAGUAUUUUGGAUACCAAUGAUAAAUAAAAAAACUAAUCUCGGUGCAAUAAAAUAUUA